UUGCACCUUCGUAUAUAAGGGUAUAAGCGGAGUCCUAUGUGCUAUGAAAAUAGUCAGCUUAGCCCAAAGGCUUAUUUAGUUAAAUAUUCAUCUCCCAUUCCCCGGGCUCUCACACCGUCAGAAAUAGAGCGAUUUACUCGGUUCUGGGAUAUCAGUGAAUAUGGCGACUUCAAACCCAAGCUCGGCUGCACUCGGCGCCGAAAAUUUAUUCAGUGUCAAGGACAUGGUUGCGGUCGUAACGGGCGGUGGGACAGGCAUUGGGUUCAUGAUCACUAAAGCACUCGCUACUAACGGCGCUUCUAAAGUGUAUAUAUUGGGCCGACGUCUGAAUGCUUUGCAGCAAGCCGCAGCGCAGAUAGGCUCAGGCAACGUGAUCCCGGUGACCUGCGAUGUAACGUCUAAGGAGUCGCUACAGUCUGCAGUUGAUCAAAUUCAACAGGAGGUCGGUUUUGUGAACCUGGUAGUCUGCAACUCGGGCAUCGGCGGGCCGUAUGGAAACCGACCUAAGCCCGAGACCACGCUUGACGAGUUCAUCGAGGCUAACCUAUCUGUCCCUCCCGAGGACUACACCAACACCUUCGGCGUUAAUACAACCGCGGUUUGGUAUACUGCUAUGUCAUUCCUUAAGCUCCUCGAUGCUGGCAAUAAGAAGAGGAACGUAGAGCAAAAGAGCCAGGUAGUCGCAAUCAGCAGUAUCGGCGGCUUAAACAAGAUAAAUACCGGCGGUUUCGCGUAUGGGCAGAGCAAAGCCGCAUGUAUACAUCUCAUUAAACAUUUAAGCGUGGUGUUGCCGCAAUGGGAUAUCCGAGCUAAUGUUAUAUGUCCCGGUUUGUAUCCAAGCGAGAUGUCAGCUCCGAUAAUUGAGAAAGGAGGGAUUGGAAAGAACAUGAUACCGCUCGAGCGUGCCGGAGAUGAAAAGGAUAUGGGAGGCACGAUACUCUACCUCGCGUCAAGAGCGGGAGCUUAUUGCAACGGUACCGUCAUCGUGACAGACGGGGGAAGAUUAACGACUUUCCCUUCAACAUUCUAGGUCAUAUGAGAGCAGAAUGGUUGUCGCGCGGAUAAAACUUUGGCCAAGCUUCUAUCAGUUACCGAUCUGCGCAUCUGCUUUCUAUUAUAAAUUUAAGACUGGCAUAUAUUUUGCGCGGGAGCUUAAGAAAAUUUUGCUUUCAAAUCUAUUCAGCCUCGUUUUCGAAAG